AUGGGCUCCUUUGCACUACGUGGCUAUCGUUCCUCCCGACAGACCUUUUUCCGGAACUACGUCCCUCAGCAUGCCCACAGUUUUCGCGGUGGAAUGGGCGGCCUGCUCAAAGUCGCUCUCCUAGACACCUGCACCUACUUUGUCGCGAAGAAAUUGCGGGGGAUUGAUUGA